GCAAAUGAAAAUUCAAUUGAUCAAAUAAAAAGAGAACUUAUUCAAUAUUUUCAAAAUAAGGAACAACAAAUUAUUGAAAACGAUCUGUUUAGGCCAAGUGAGCUUCCGAAGACAAGACAUACUACUUCAAUAAUUAAUAGUGUAACACCUCACAAAUUUGAUAAUAGACAUAAUAUUGGAGUAGAAGAUCAAAAGACUACUAGAAAUGAAGUAAAUAGACAAGUCUCAAAUUUGAAUGAAAAGAGUGGUGAAAAUGUUCCACCAUCUCGAAGAAGAAAAAUCAAAAAUUCUGCUCUGAAGGAUCUUUUCAAUGAACAAGAAAUUAACUGGAAUCGAAAGGAAUUUGUUAAA